AUGGCUGAGGUUGGUAAAGGCUAUGUGAUAGUCCCGGAUUCACUUGUGAAGAAGCAGAAAAGGGCCGAGGACUGGGCCCUCACCAAGUCAAAAGAGGUUGGGGAGGCAAAGCAGAAGCAAGCUGAGACCAGAAAAUUGAUUUGCAAGAAAGCAAGAGAGUAUGCAAAGGAAUAUGAGCAACAAGAGAAGGAGUUGAUCCAAUUGAAGCGUGAAGCUAGAUUGAAAGGUGGCUUUUACGUGAACCCAGAAGCCAAGCUUCUGUUCAUAAUUAGGAUCCGCGGUAUUAAUGCUAUGCACCCAAGAACCAAGAAAAUUCUUCAGCUUCUGAGAUUGAGACAGGUAUUCAAUGCAACUGUUCUUGAGUAUCCUGCCACCGUGAACAUGCUUCACAGGGUUGAGCCUUACGUUACUUACGGAUACCCCAACCUUAAGAGCGUGAAGGAGUUGAUUUACAAGCGUGGAUAUGGAAAAGUGAACAAGCAGAGAUUUGCUUUGACUGAUAAUUCCAUCAUCGAGCAGACGUUGGGUAAGCAUGGAAUAAUCUGCAUGGAGGAUUUGAUUCACGAGAUCAUGACUGUGGGUCCCCACUUCAAGGAGGCGAACAACUUCUUGUGGCCAUUCCAACUGAAGGCGCCGUUGGGUGGAUUGAAGAAGAAGAUAAACCAUUAUGUCGAGGGUGGUGAUGCUGGUAAUCGUGAGGAUUACAUUAACGAGCUCAUCAGGAGAUGA